AAAAAAGUUCCUUCUUUAAAUCAAGCUCUAUAUAUUAGCGCCAUCCACCCGAAAAUCUAGGAGCAAAAAAAAAAAAAGUGAAAAAAUUGUAUUUGAAAGUUAAGGGACAGCACCUAUAAAAGGCAGAGAAAAGGGACGCUAAAUUGUGUGCCGUAGCGAGAGGCUAGAGAGUAGACUAACAACAAACACCAACAAACUUUAGUGCUAUUCGGUUUGAAAAGUUUUAUUUCAAGUCACAUCAACUUUUAUUCUAUUUUUACACCACAAAGAUUAACCCAUUUAGGUAAACAAUGCCUUGGCGCGGCAGCUACACCACUACUUUUCUUCUACUUGUUUGUUCCCACGUUACGAUCGCCAUCUUUAUGGUAGGCCAACAGGGUCAGAUGUCAUCAAAAUCCUACUCUGAUGUUCAAAAAGAGGGCCACGGUAACGUGGGGGAAGAUGAGCUCUCAUCAAGUGAAGGAGAUGGGGAGUUGGACUCUGCUGAAAUUGAAGAAUGGCGGAAACGAAUUAAAAUGUACGGAGCUUGGCUUGAUGAGUUAAAUGCUCAGUAUAUGAAAAGCAAACCAAAGUUAUUUUCUAGGUUAUCAAGAGGUAGACUCGGUCGGAUGCCUUUGGCGUAUGGCAAAAGAAGUAGCAUGAUGGUUGAUUCGCCAGAGUUUCAGCGCGUCGUUAGAAACAAGCUGAACAGGAUGCCGUUAACUUUUGGGAAAAGAUGGCAAAACGGUGAACCAUACUUAGAUGAUAUUAUCUCUAGGCUGAUAACGAACAAUGGUGCAUUAUCACGUCAGGUUAUUUCUAAAUUGGAAAACACAAAUGAAAAUUUAAACACACAUUUAGAAACUCCUGAAGAACCUUUUUCAAGAUACGCUAGGGCUAGGCUUACACGAAUGCCUUUAACGUUUGGUAAGAGAAGCUUUGAUAAUUUCUACAGAGAAGUUAGAUCAAGAAUGAACCGUAUGCCACUAACCUAUGGGAAGAGAUCUGAAAUUAGACCUAGCGACGACUUUGAAGAAAACGACCACACGUCCCUCAAUAUUUUAGCAGAAGAACGUGCCAAUAAUCCAAACUCAGAUGAGUAUCAGAUGUAUUUAGACAAUCUAAACCAACAACUUCAAGAACCAGUCACAUUUAACGAUAGACAAGAACAAGACGAAAAUGAAAACACGUUGGUUAACUCUAUGUCUCCUUAUGAACCCUUGAUCAGAGUUCGGAGGUCAAGGCUGGCGCGAAUGCCGGCUGCCUUCGGGAAACGAGACCGCACGGCCUUCCCCACGCCAUCAUACAACUACCCCGAAACCACCAACGACUUAACUGCUGAAAAACUCCUCGUAGAGACAAGGUCAAGGAUGCACCGUAUGCCCAUGGCUUUUGGCAAAAGGCACCGCACGGCCCCCGUCUACGCCAAGCGUUAUAGACUAGACCGCAUGCCCAUGAGUUUCGGCAAAAGGACAGCUCCAGAUAACAGCGACACGGCCGACUCUGGAAUUAGAUUUGGAAGCUUCACUGAUGAUGUUGACUUAGACAGAUUUGAAUCACAGCAUAAAGAAGACACGACAAAAAUGGCCUCCGACACAAUUACGUCACAAACAAGGUGACAUGCUGAUUUUUAGGAACUGCUUGUAUGUGUACGAGAUGGAACAGCCUUUUUUAUCUAGACCUUCACAAGAGGCUGAUAGAAAAUCCUCCUACUGAGCUAAUUUUAUUUUGCCAAAAAUAAAAGAAAUUAUAACCAUAUUUUCAUUUUAAAUUGUCAGUUUUUAUACAGUUUCGUCUGUAGAGGAAAUAUUUAAAAAAUUGCUUUUAAUAA